GACUGUGGGGGCGGCGGUGGGGUGGGGUUGGCGCACGAGUAUUAAUUCUAUCCCAGAUCUGAGGGUUACCUGAUGUUCCAGAAUCAUUGUCCUAACCAUUUCAACUUCUUUGGUACAGACUUAGCCGCAGCCUCAAGAAGCUGAAAAUCCACAUCUCACUUGUAAACAAAAAGUUUUAAAGAAGUAAGGAUAGUGCGUGUAAUUUUACUGAAGUCCGCCAGGGAACGAAAGGGACCCUGGAGACUUCGAGGACUAGCAGACAGGAGAUAAAGACCACCUCAGCCUCUCAGAAUGAAGCACAGGCUUCACACAUUAACUCUGCUUUGCUCAGAGCUGGAGACGUGAGGAAAUCGAAGUAACUGACAAGAGUAACGGAGCUGGACACUCACAAGACGCACUCUUCCUGCCCACUACUGCGGCUGCGCGCGCGCGCGCCGUUCCGGAAGCGGAAGUGCACAAGAGGUCAGCGAUAGUUUUCAAGAUGGCGGCCCUCAAUGUGCUGUUGUCCGGCUGCGGACGGUUUCUCAGAGGCCUGCUGACAGGCCCGACCGUGACCAACUGGGCUAGGCCACCAGCCCGCGCGUUCAGGGAAGUGGUGGAGAUCCAAGAAGGGAAGACGACUAUAAUUGAAGGCCGAAUCACAGGGACUCCCAAAGAAAGUCCAAAUCCCCCCAACCCCUCUGGCCAGUGCCCCAUCUGCCGCUGGAACCUGAAGCACAGGUAUAGCUAUGAGGAUGUUCUGUUGCUCAGUCAGUUCAUCCGGCCACAUGGGGGCAUGCUGCCCCGGAGGAUCACCGGGCUGUGCCAGGAAGAGCACCGCAAGAUUGAGGAGUGUGUGAAGAUGGCCCACCGAGCAGGUCUACUCCCAAAUCACAGGCCCAAGCUUCCUGAAGGAUUUGUUCCAAAGACCAGACCCCGACUCAACAGGUACCUGACCCGCUGGUCUCCCCGCUCCGUCAAGCCCAUCUACAACAAGGGCCACCGCUGGAACAAGGUGCGCAUGGCCGUGGGGUCCCCCCUCCUGAAGGACAACGUCUCCUACACGGGCAGGCCUCUGGUGCUGUAUCACUGACGGAGCGCAGGGCCUCCUGAGACCUGGGCUCGUCCUGCACUCCCGCCCCAUCCCACCAGGGCAGCCCGGCUCCUCCCGGGCAGACGGCCCGGGGGGCGGCAGGGCCUCUGCAGCGCCUGGGACCCGCACCACCGUGGUGCUGGGAGCUGGAGGCAGACAGCUGUGGUGUCUGACCCUGCGCAGCUGCGGUGGUCUCACGACUGGCCGGGGCUCAGGCUGGGGCACCGGCCCUCUAUCCCAAGGACUAUGAUAAACCAGGCUUGUGCUCACCCGCUGGGUGUGUGCUCACUGCUGGGGAAGCGCGGGGGGCUCAGCCUGUUUCCAGCCAGUCACUGCGCAUUGAGUUGCUGGUCUGGGGUGGUGGGCCACGUGGGGCACCACGCAGAGCUCACGGCCGCACAGGCUCCCUUCCUCUCUGUUGACAGCCGCUGGCUCUUUGUUCAGCUGCCUGGCCUGCGUGCAGCGCUUCCAAGUCCAGGAAGUUGCCCUCCUCAGAGGCCUGGCCAUCACCUUCUCCCCCGUGCCGUCUCCUCCCACCGUCCUCUCUUGUUAGCACAUUCCAGCCCUCUGCCACUUGCUCUAUUUAGAGCUGGGCCUCCUCAGCCUGGACGCCAGAUGGAGGUGGAGGUGGGGGGAGCAGCACAGAACAGACCGACCAGAUUCACCGCCUUUAUGAAAAUACUAUUCAGACUCUGCACACCCUCCGGGCGGCCCGCCUACAACAUGAAGGGCAGGUCUAGGUUCUUCUCGCCGGUGCCCACGUAGAUGUAGCCAUAGUUCUUGGUGCGAGGAGCGUGGUAGAAGGUGAGGCCGGGCCAGAGCAGGCUGCGCAGCACCACCAGGGCAUUGCCCCUCUCCAUCUGGACACUCCAGGACCCUGGGGGGUGGGGAAGAGGCAGCAGAGGGCAAGGCCUGGGCAUCGUGGAGGCAGAGCCCAGCUGGGGGUGUGGAAACCCCAGCUCCAGGCAGCCAGGCCUGAGCAUUAAGGUUUCAUGGGAAAGGGGAAGACAAUUUAAUUAUCCCGGUGCUUUACUCCUCCUGAUUGCCUUUGAGCCAUUUCACUGCUCAUUAAAGCCACUUCCAGAGGGAGGGCGAAGGAAAUGAAAAGAGGUGGAACUCAAAGCAGUCCUUUUUAUUCCUGUCAGCAAGUCCAGUGACAGGUUGCAUGGGGGAGGAAGCUGGGUCACCCAUGCACAGGCGGAGCAGGGCUGGGGCUAGGCCGGGGAGACGCCAGGCUCCUCUCUCCCUGCACUCAGGCUUGCUGGUGGCCUGCCGUCCUUUUGCGCUUCACCUGUCUUGCAAAAUUUUGCUCCAGGCCCAGCAGCUUCUCUCUGAGGUGGAUGAGACCUGCCGAGGCUCACAUAAAAGUGUGGCCUUUUCAGGCCUCCAGCUCAAUAGCCCUUUUCUGGCAGCCGGUAGACUGAGAGCGGUCCUUGGUGGGAGGGGACUUGGGCUGCAGCUAAUGAGCCUUUGUCUGUCCUGGGUUCUGCCCUGGUUUUUGCUCCCCAGAUGGGAGCAGCCCAGCCUGGGGCUGAGUUGUGCAGCCACGAGGACUUGGCGGGAAGGGCCCAAUCCAGCUCCAGAACCAAGGGAGGGAGCCGCUGUGUGGGAGGAAGGAGCCUGGGAAAAUCGCCCCUGGAUGCAGAUCUGGAGCUUCUAUUCCCCUGCGCCGAGGCCUCUCCCAGCCCAGCCGCAGCUCUGCCCCAGCCCCUGCCAGAAAGGCAAAUGCUUUGAAGGUUUUGGUGUUGGACCAGCCAGUGAUGCACUGAGAACUGCGCCGAGGCCUUCAUCAGCUGCCAGCCCAGCCCGGCUGCCUGGCUCCCGCUGCGCUGCUGCCCCCAGGCUGCCUCCAACCAUGGCCCACCCCGAUCACUCCACACCCAGCAGCCUUGGAGCUCAGGCCCCACCCACCAGAGGCCACCCUGAAUCCAGGAGACCCGACCAUCAGGCACCCUUAGCCCUGAUGGCAGUUCAGCCCGUCUCAGGGCUCCAGCACCUGCCCAGGUCACAGCUAGAGCUUUCAGGGUGUAUGUAGCCUGCUGGCCCUGACCUACUUGAGGGGUGCCCACGUAGGGGCCACCUCAGCACUGUGCAGUGGCCUGCACCAAGUACCACCAGCCAAGAGUGAGGUGAUGAAACAGAAGCCACAGUGUCGGCCUGACCCCCGGCCCCCUCAGUGCCAGCCAGAUAGUAUCGAGAAAGAAGAGUGUCCCUGGGUUCCCAGAGCUCUGGUGGGGCACUGCCCGGCGGGGUGGGGGUGGUCAGAGAAGUGGGGAAUAUCUCCCUCAGCUCCUGCAGCUUGCCUCUCUGGAUCCCUGAGAUCUUCCCCCUCAUAAACCUGCCUGAAGGUUCUGGAGACUUA